AUGGGUGGCUCAUCAGCAGAAGAGCUACUGCAGCGCGCCGAAAAAAAGGCAUCGUCUACGGGCGGCUGGUUCUCAUCCACUCAAAGCAAGCGUGAAGAGGCCAUUGAACUGUAUAAGGAGGCUGCUCACAAGCUGCGUGCCGAAAACCGUAUGGAGGAGGCGGGCAGUGUGCUCAUCAAGGCAGCCGACCUCGAGAUCCAGAUCAAUGAGAAGGACUUUGCAGCCAAUACGUACUUUGAAGCGAGCAAGUGCUACCGCAUGGUGCGGCUCGACCAAGCAGUGAUGGCGCUGGGCCGGUGCUCGGACCUGCUCGUCGAGCGUGGUCGGUUCCGUCAGGCGGCCGACCGGCAGAAGAACAUGGCGGAACUGUACCGUGAGGACCCGAACCACUUUGACCAGGGACUUGAGGCAUACGACCGUGCUGCCAACUGGUACCUCCAAGAAGGUGCAACAGCCACAGCCUCGGCAUGCCAGCGCGAGGCGGCGCAACUGGCUAUUCAGCUCCAGCAGUACCCACGUGCCAUUGAGCUCUGGGAAGCCGUGGCUGCUUCGAGUUUGAACAGCAACCUGACCAAGUACAGCGUGAAGGAAUACUACCUGAAUGCCGGCCUCUGCUACCUCGCGAUCCCUGACCACGGCGCGGCGACACGAGCGAUGGCGUUCUACGCACAGCAGGACCCUACGUUCCCCUCGACGACCGAGGCCCAAUUCCUGCAUGGCGUCCUCGAAGCGUGCGAGCAUAGCGACCUCGAUGCAUUCGACGCGCGUGUGCGUGACUUUGACCGCAUGAAGCCCAUUACCGGCUGGCGCGCCACGCUCCUGCACACGGUGCGCAACACGGUCGCUGAUGGUCCUGACCUCUCAUAG